AUGUCGAACCAAACCCCCGAAUCUUGGGAGGAUGAGCUUUCCCGGCAGGCUGAGGGUGUUAACCUGAAUGGACAAAGCCGUCCUCAACCUCAGGCGCCUUCAUUCCAGCCCGGCGCUGCGUCUUUCACCCCCGGUGCCGCCUCUUUCACUCCCGGCCAACAAUUUCAGCAGUACGGCGGUGGCUACCCUUACGGCCAGUACGGUCAGCAAGCCUACGGAUACCCCCAGCAGCAGCAACAGCCGCAGCAGCAGGCUUACAGCCAGUACGGCGCAUAUGCGCAACAGCCCGGCGGUUACAACCAAUACUACAACCAGCAGCCUGGUGGCUUUGCCCAGCAGCCCCGCCAGAAUGCUUCCGCUGCCUAUCAGCAGGCCCCCGCCGCCCCCAAGCCCGCUGCGCCUGCCUCUGCCGCUCCACCCAAGGCUAAGGUCCUCUCGAUUGGCGCUACCUCCUCGGCGUCUGCUCCCAAGACCAAGGUUCUCUCCAUCGGUACCCCUACUCCUACUUCCACUCCCACUCCCGCUGCCGCUCCUGCUGCCGCCAAAUCGGAGCUCUCGAAGGGUGACUCGAAGGGCACCGCGGCUGCCGAAGCUGGCGCAAAGGUGACCGCCAGCAAGGCCAUCGAAAAGACGGAUUCAAAAGCUGCUUCCAGCGGCAGAACCUCCCCUACACCGUCAUCCUCUGGCCGUUCGAGCCCUGCUCGUACUGGCGUCGAAGCUGCCAAGCAGGCCCGUGCCGCAGAUGCCGUCGCCAAGGCUCAGCAAGCCGAUGUUGAUGACGCUACCCUGAAGGAAAUUUACGGUGAGCGCCGUGAGCACGUUAACGUUGUCUUCAUCGGUCACGUUGAUGCUGGAAAGUCUACCCUGGGUGGUUCGCUUCUGUACUGCACUGGCAUGGUGGAUGACCGAACGAUGGAGAAGUACAAGAAGGAAGCCAAAGAAGCUGGCCGAGAGACCUGGUACCUGUCAUGGGCCCUGGAUCUGACUGCCGAGGAGCGUUCCAAGGGUAAGACCGUCGAGGUUGGCCGAGCAUUCUUCAAGGUCGAUAUUCCCACCCCGGAAGGCCCUAUUGAGCGACAGUUCUCUAUUUUGGAUGCCCCCGGUCACAAGUCUUAUGUUCCUCACAUGAUCGGUGGAGCUUCCCAAGCAGACUUGGGUGUUCUUGUCAUUUCUGCCCGUAAGGGUGAGUAUGAAACCGGUUUCGAAAAGGGUGGUCAGACUCGUGAGCACGCCCUGCUUGCACGUAACACGGGUGUGACACAGCUUUGCCUAGUUGUGAAUAAGAUGGACGACCCUACCGUCGAAUGGAGCAAGGCCCGUUUCGACGAGUGUACUAUCAAGGUCAUUAAAUUCCUUGAAGCUCUUGGCUACAAGAAGAGCGACAUCUUCUGUAUGCCUAUCUCCGCUCAGCGUACUCUCAAUAUUAAGGACCGCCUCACCAAGGACGUCUGCCCUUGGUAUGAUGGACCAUCUCUGCUUGAGUACUUGACAGACUUCAAGCUACCAGAGCGCAAGGUGAACGCACCUUUCAUGAUGCCCAUCACCGCCAAGUACCGUGACAUGGGUACCAUGGCCGAGGGCCGCAUUGAAUCUGGAAUUAUCAAGAAGAACGGCAAUUAUCUCAUGAUGCCCAACAGGACCGAGGUCUCGGUAUCUGCUCUUUAUGGUGAAACCGAAGAUGAAAUUCCCAAUGCCAAGGUCGGUGACCAAGUUCGCCUUCGUCUGCGCGGUGUGGAAGAAGAUGAAUUCUUCCCUGGCUUUGUUCUUUGCUCUGCAAAGCGUCCCGUCCACUGCGUGUCUGCUUUCGAAGCCAAGAUUCGUAUUUUGGACCUUAAGAACAUUCUUACGGCCGGUUUCAACUGUGUGCUUCACGUGCACUCUGCUGUUGAGGAGGUCACCUUUGCCGCUCUUCUCCACAAGCUUGAGCCUGGUACUGGUCGUAAGAGCAAGCGUCCUCCGGCUUUUGUCAACAAGGGUCAGACCAUCAUUGCCCGCCUUGAAGUUACGUCCACUGCCGGUGCUGUGUGUGUCGAGAAAUACGAUGACUACCAGCAGCUUGGACGAUUCACUCUUCGUGACCAGGGUCAAACCAUCGCCAUUGGUAUGGUUACCAAGCUCAUUCACUCCGAGACUGACGCUUAA